AUGUCAAUGCCAAGCCAUGAAAGAAUCCGACCCUUAAUUCCAACUAUUAAUGUCAUUUCCUUCUAUGGGAAAACCGGUAUUACUGGUAAAGCUAAGAAGGAAAAGAGGAAGCAAGUCAAUCUUAGAAUCGAAGCUUUUUUACAAGCCGGGUAUGAUAUGGAUGAGCGAGAAAACCAAAACUUCGAAAAACAAAAUGAGCCAGCCAUCAAUAAGGAACAAAGACCAAUUCCACAGCAACAAAAACGCAUUGUCUACGCGUU